UGGCUGGUCACGUGACAGGGAGGAAAGGAACGAAAGAAAAAAGAAAGAAAGAAAGAACUACAAAUUAAAGGAACCAGAGAACACCAGCCUGGAGGAGGAAGGAGUCGCCUUUAUCCGCAGGUACUCGGGCUGUUUUCACGAGCCGCAAUUGGACGCGUUUUAACGUUCCCGCUGAGUGGGGUUUAAAUGCCUCCUCCUGGCCAGUUGGCGCAGGCAGUGAGGCUGGCUGUUUCUCACAGGGUUCGGCAAAAAGUUCCUCUUGCUUUUGCUCGCGUUAAUGAAACUGUUGGGCCGUCAGAGAUAAGUUGGCGCAAAGUGCUGAUGCGUCAAAAGCUUGUGACCCACCAGCAGCCCCGCUGAGGGCUGAAUCAUCCCCCCACAGCCUCCCCUCCCUCCCGCAGACGCGAUGGAUUAGCCCUCCGAGACGGGAUGAUGAUGGAGGCGGAGAACCGAUGAGCUGGAAGGUCCAGAUGUGAUGGGAGCACUGGGGUGAUGAGACCAGAACGUGAAUAAAGACUCUUCAGGGCGGAGAAGAUGAAGCUAAACGAACGCAGCGUGGCGCACUACGCCACCUGUGAUUCCCCACCAGACAAAACGGGCUUCCUGUUCAAAAAGGGCGAGCGCAACACGGCAUAUCACCGCCGCUGGUUCAUCCUGAAGGGCAACAUGCUCUUCUACUUUGAGGAGCGAGACAGCCGAGAGCCCAUCGGCGUCAUCGUCCUGGAGGGCUGCACGGUGGAGCUGUGCGAGUCCGUGGAGGAGUUCGCCUUCGCCAUCAAGUUCGACUGCGCCAAGGCGCGGGUGUACAAGCUGGCAGCGGAGAAUCAGGCGGCCAUGGAGUCGUGGGUGAAGGCUCUGUCGAGAGCCAGCUUCGACUACAUGAGGCUGGUGGUGAAGGAGCUGGAGAGGCAGCUGGAGGAGAUCCAGGACGCCGCCGGGGCUGGAGGCCAGCAGGCCAGGCCGAAGCCUUCCCGGCGGAAUCAAGUGGCGCGAUCCAGGUCCGGGGGAUCCUCCUCUUCAUCUUCGUCUUCCCUCUCGUCAUCGUCAAGCGCUCCUUCCAUGGCCGCCGUUUACUCUGCUCAGAAGAGCAUUCAGGAUGAGGUGCAGCUCAUCUCCGGGAGCUCCAGGGAGAACGGAGUCGCAUGGAGCAAACUUCCAUCCGCCUCGGCUAACGGGUCGGCAGAGGCAGCGCCGUCCUGCGUGACCUGGGACGGCUGCACAGACUCCGGGAUGGUGUCUGGAUGUGCGGGCGACGGAGGGAGGGCUCCGCCAGUGCCACCACGGCGGUUAGGAGCCUCUCUGGAGAGCCCGGUCUCUCCUGACACCGCCUGCUUUUCCAAACUCCACGACUGGUACGGCAGGGAGGUGGAGGAGCUGAGAGCGCAGUGGCUGCAGAGCCAGUAGACUGACGGAGGAGGAAAAGGUUCAGUCAUUCCCUUCUGGUCAUUCUGCAAUGCUUCCUGAACUUUCCACACAGCAAAACAUUAAAUACAGUCUGAUGUCAAUAA